CUCCUGCGACCCUAAGAUGAGAGAGUAAACGGGGCCCCCAUUGGCUGGCCGGGGAAGACGGGCCAAUCGGAGAAGGGGGUAUAGGGAGGCGGCUGAACGAGGUUGUGGGGGUAGGAAGCUAGGGUUAGAGGCAACCGGUGAGACUAGAACCCCGAACGUGGUCGGUUGGAGCAAAUAUGUCCCUCCGGAGGCACAUUGGGAACCCUGAGUAUCUGAUGAAAAGGAUACCACAGAACCCAAGAUACCAGCAUGUCAAAUCAAGACUGGACACUGGUAACAGUAUGACUAAAUAUACUGAGAAGCUCGAAGAGAUUAAGAAAAAUUACAGAUACAAAAAAGAUGAGCUUUUCAAGAGACUAAAAGUUACAACUUUUGCCCAGCUGAUCAUCCAAGUUGCUUCCCUCUCUGAUCAAACACUGGAAGUGACAGCUGAGGAGAUUCAAAGGCUGGAAGACAAUGAUUCUGCAGCUUCAGACCCUGAUGCCGAAACCACUGCCAGGACUAACGGGAAAGGAAAUCCAGGUGAGCAGUCGCCGAGCCCUGAGCAGCUCAUAAACAACGCGGGAGCAGGGGACUCCAGCCGCUCAACCCUUCAGAGUGUCAUCAGUGGUGUUGGGGAACUGGAUCUAGACAAAGGGCCAGUGAAGAAAGCAGAGCCUAAUGCCAAAGACAAACCUUAUCCUGACUGCCCCUUCCUGCUGCUAGAUGUGCGUGAUAGAGAUUCUUACCAGCAGUGCCACAUUGUUGGAGCUUACAGUUACCCAAUUGCAACUCUGUCUAGAACAAUGAACCCUUAUUCAAAUGAUAUUCUUGAAUAUAAAAAUGCCCAUGGCAAGAUCAUCAUUCUGUAUGACGACGAUGAAAGGCUGGCCAGUCAGGCGGCCACCACCAUGUGCGAGCGUGGAUUUGAAAACCUCUUCAUGCUUUCCGGAGGUCUAAAAGUCUUAGCUCAGAAAUUCCCGGAAGGACUGAUUACUGGUUCCCUGCCAGCGUCUUGCCAGCAGGCCCUUCCUCCUGGUUCUGCCCGGAAACGAUCCAGCCCCAAAGUGCCACCCCUACCAGCUGAGAAUAAAUGGAGAUUUACCCCAGAAGACUUAAAAAAGAUAGAAUAUUAUCUGGAAGAGGAGCAAGGGCCUGCAGAUCAUCCUAGCCGAAUGAACCAAGCUAACUCCUCCGGAAGAGACUCCAAGUCUUGGUGUGAGAAGCUGUUUCCAGGGGUGCAGAUGAGCCUUAGGUUCCAGCCGCCUGCAGGCCCCACCCCAGUGGACUCACUCAGCAAGAAGCUCUCUGCCCAGCAUACUGCAGGCCCUAUUUUGAGUAUGGAAGCCAGUGCCUGUGUGCAUCACUCAAAUUGAAGAUGAGGAGAGUAGCUGUACACUCACUGAAUGCUCCCCCUUAUUAGAUAUUUUCCUGGAGCCAGAAAGGUGUGCAUGUGGGUGUCUUCACACGGGGGAGGAGGGCCUCUCAUGGGAAAGCCCUGGCCACCACACCCUUGAAGCCCACCAAAGCGGCCCUCACUUGUGGUCAGUAUAUCAGUUUUAAUGCCCAUUGCCCAACUUCAGUCCAUCCAUGUUAGAUGGAUAGAAAUUAUGACCACUUGAAAAUACCAGCUUUGGUUGGACAACUGUGGACACGCAAGGUGAAGAGAACUCCGAAGUCCUUUCUCAGGGCUGACAGCCUCGUAAGCCCUUGCUUAGAAAUACAGUAUUAGUCUAAUUGAGUAAUUAGUGCAAUUUCCUGCUUACUUUUCAUUCUCAUGACUGAACUGUGAUUAGGAAGUUGUGAUUAUAGAUUCUGGUUUUGGCCGGAAUUUUGAAUCAGCAUUAAUUGAAUUGCUAAAUGACUGACAUUCAUUCCAUUUAAUUGGGGGAACAAAAGGCCUCAGGUAAGGAUGAGAAACUCUGAAAUCAGAUGGAAAAGAGCCAUGUUAAUUUUUAUGGUCUGUGAUCAUAGCUGUGAUAAGGGACUGAGGAAUAAAUUGUGCUCUUUGUCAUGGCAACCAGCUUCUGAAAAGCCAGCUGAAAAUUGCCUGUCCUGCUGGUAACUGCUACAGGGUAAGAUUUGCCUUAACAGUACUAUUUUCUCGCCACAAAAAAAAAAAAAAAGAAAUGCACCACAGUAUUUCUAGCAUGGGGGCUGUGUUUGUAUGAGAAAUAAACGUAAUAAAUAUCUCAUAAAGACAUAUGGAAAAAUAACUUUCAGAUUCAACCCAGUUCUGUUUUAGAGUGUGUUUAUUCUUCUCUACUUGAUUUCCAAAGUGCAACAUUUUCCGAUGCUUUAGAAAUCAAACAAACCAGGAACAUUGUUCAGAUGUCAAGCCGUGCCCAAUUUUCCACAAGAUUCAAGAAUCUUGUAUAAAAUUCAGCCAACGUACACAUAGCUUUAAUGAGGAGUCUGUCAUGUUUCCCCAUAAAUUUAUUGCCUGAGAACUUAGUUCAGGCUUUGCUAAUGCCAAAAUGCUCUGGCUUUGUAUUUUCUUUACAGCGUAGAUAGAAAAAUGCACAUUUUUCCACACUCAGCUUUCCCCUAGCAUGGACAAGAUUUUCAGCCAUUUUUGCCACAUACACAUUUUUAAGGAAAAAAUAUUUUUCUCUGUCACAAAGUUCUGGUUAUGCCGUUUUAAAGGUGACUUGUCAGGAGUUGAGACUUCCCUGCCGCAUUCUAUUUUGAAAGUAAAUGGUCUCCCCAUUAACAUCAGAAUGUUCCGAUUCUGCAUUCCCAUCGUCAACUUUGGAGUGUUAGAAACCACUGUAUAUAUGUGGAAAGCCAGGUCAGCCAGACCUAUUAGAAUUGGUGUGCACUCACCUGAGAGAUCUGGCGGGUUGAAUAUAUUUGUGUGUAUUUCUCCAUAGUGUUUGCUUUCCCCUGUUGGUAAGGAUUUUAAAUAACCAUGCUGAAAAGAGCUGUUCUAAUUCUGCACUUUGCAUGUUAAAUGUUAAUAUCAAACAUUCUUUAUGUGCUCGAGGUAUUGCUUUUUACAUUCUACUUUACCAGUUUCUUCAUUAGAUUAAUUGACAUGUAUUAUUUAAAUGACCAGUGAUGCUUUGUGCAAUUAUGAAUGUUGAAGAUUAAAGUACAUAGUUACUAAUUUGUUGUUUGCUAUGAAUACGCUGAAAACUGCCAACUUCUCUCUUCUUUUCUGUCGAGAUGAUUUGGGGAGCCACAGGAGACUGGUGUGAUUUUUGCUGCAUCUCCUAGAAAAGCAUUUUUUUUUUUUUUUUUUUUUUUAAUAAAUGAAUCAGGAAAUCAGUCCAAUUAGGGCAGGGGGCCUCAGCUCUCCAGUCAGAAAGCCUGGAUUUCUUUUCCUGCUCAGUCUGGGAUUGAAGCCACCUUCAACAACUGGAUCAUGGCUUCCUGCCAGCGUCUCAGGCGUUGACUAGCUGCCCUUGUCUGGGGCUUGUGAACCCUGAGACGGAAGGUGCUUCAUCUGUGUAUAGCUACAGUGCCACCUGAACAACAGUGAUUGCCAAAGUUUAAAUCAUACCUUAAAUGCUUUAAAGGGGUUUGUAUUUAAGGAAGGGAGAAAAGAAGGAAAGAAGCAAGGAAAUAGGAAGAAGGGAGAGCACAGAGAAAAAGAGAGGCAGAAAGUGAGGGAGAAAAGAGAAAGCUACAUUACUUAUUUGAGAACAAAAGGAACACCCUGGGCUGUAAUAAUGUCAGGCUCAAUCUCUUGAAAACUGUAGAAUGAUUUAAAUGGCCUGCAUUCAUUUUAUCUUUUUUUUUUUUUUUUUUUUAAUCUUUAGUGGUUAGCCAGGACCAGCACAAUCAUAUUGGGCUUGGUAUAAAUCCGAAUGAAAAGAGCACAAAUAACAUUCAUUAGUUGCUCAGGGAUUUUUCCUGUGGUGCUAUUUAAAUUAUACAAAAAUUCUUAAGACUUUAGGCUACUCGACCAAGAAAACAGAACAAAACAAAGACCGUGUUUUCUCUAAUUCCCUUGUGGAAUGUAAGUGAAAUCAGAGUCCUAGGCUAGGAAGAAAUACAUAGGUAAUUUUUCUUGUGUUGGUUUUGGUUUCUGUCAUGUUGUUUAUUGGCUAUAGAUUCUGUCUUUUAUGUUAUCUGACUUUUUUAGAACGAAUAAUUAGUUUCUGUCCACCUAGAUUUAAAUCCAUGACCACCUUCUUGCUCUACUCUGAAGAUAAUCAUUAAGAACCUUUCUUUCCCCAGUUCCAAAACGUUCUCAGUGUCUUUAAUGUGUGUUUAUUUUCUUCCCAAUUCUUUCAAAGAUUUAACUCCCACGAUACUUCCCCCCCCCCCCCCCGCCCCCCAGGAAACACCAGAAACGUGUAUAAUUAUAAUUCACCAGUUUAAUUAUGUGAGCAUGUUGAGUACUUACAUGCAGGUCCAUUAAUUUUUCACUAACAAAUAUUUUUUCAUGCAAAAGCAAUAAAUAACAUUGUGCUUCCAAAAUGUUCAGAAUACAUUUGGGUAGUAAUACUUUCCUAGACUUACAAUAAUUAUUGAAAGUAUUCUUACGACAUCUUUAAAUGGAUACACAGGUCAGUUACAACAUACAAAAUGUAAUGGUG